GAAUUCCCCAAUGUCUCCGGCUGGUCACUGGUCAAUGAAGCCAGUGUUAAGUAGUUAACAGCAAAAUGAUCCAUUUCUAGGGCUUUUCUCUUAACUAUGAUCCUUGCCCAUUGAAAUGAAGUCCCAGAUGAGAAUUCUUUGUUUUCUUCUUCAUCUUCUUCUGGUACUUUUUCUCGCCUCGCAAACAGUACUUUCCUGGAAAAAAGACGAGUUUCGAAAUUGCAACCAAACCCCCUUCUGCAAACGCGCCCGCUCCAGGAAGCCUGGUGCGUGUUCACUAAUCGCCCAUGACGUAGCCAUCUCCGACGGUCACCUCACCGCCAAGCUUCUCCCCAAAACCCUACCAGAAUUAGAUCAAGGUCUAGAAGAUCAAAUCAAGCCUUUGAUCCUUACUCUCUCGAUCUAUCAAGAUGGCAUCAUGCGUCUCAAAAUCGAUGAGGAUCUCUCUCUGGAGCCUCCGAAAAGACGCUUCCAAGUCCCUGACGUAAUCAUCCCGGAUUUCGAGAACAAGAAGCUCUGGCUCCAGAGGGUUUCAACAGAAACGAUCGACGGGGACGCUGGUCCCUCCUCCGUCGUUUACUUAUCGGACGAGUAUGAGGCUGUCCUUCGUCAUGAUCCAUUCGAGGUUUAUGUCCGCGAGAAAAAAUCUAAUGAUCGCCGUGUGGUUUCCUUGAAUUCUCAUCAGUUGUUCGAUUUUGAGCAAUUGAGGCCUAAAAAGGAAGGGGAUGAUUGGGAGGAGAGGUUUAGGGGUCAUACAGACACGAGGCCCUACGGCCCCCAAUCCAUUAGUUUUGAUGUGUCCUUUUACGGUGCUGAUUUCGUGUCAGGGAUACCGGAGCACGCCACGAGUCUCGCCUUGAGGCCUACCAGAGGUCCUGGAGUCGACUAUUCUGAGCCUUACAGAUUGUUUAAUUUGGAUGUUUUUGAGUACUUGCAUGACUCGCCCUUUGGCCUCUAUGGGUCUAUCCCUUUCAUGAUUGCGCAUGGCAAAACCGGAAAAAGCUCUGGAUUUUUCUGGUUGAAUGCAGCCGAAAUGCAGAUUGAUGUUUUAGGAGAUGGAUGGGACGCAGAGUCUGGGAUUUCGCUGCCUUCAGGGCAGAAAAGAAUUGAUACCUUUUGGAUGAGUGAGGCUGGGAUUGUGGAUGCCUUCUUCUUUCUGGGUCCAGGCCCGAAGGAUGUUGUCAGCCAAUACACGAGUGUCACUGGAAAGCCUUCAAUGCCACAAUUAUUUGCAACUGCUUAUCAUCAAUGUAGGUGGAAUUACAGGGAUGAGGAGGAUGUUGAGAAUGUGGAUUCCAAAUUUGAUGAGCAUGAUAUUCCUUAUGAUGUUUUGUGGCUUGAUAUUGAGCACACAGAUGGUAAAAGGUACUUCACAUGGGAUCCUGUUUUGUUUCCACAUCCAGAGGAUAUGCAGAAGAAAUUGGCAGUCAAGGGAAGGCACAUGGUUACUAUUGUGGACCCUCAUGUUAAGCGGGAUGAGUCGUUUCGGCUGCAUAAACAGGCUACAGAGAAGGGUUACUAUGUGAAGGAUGCAAGUGGGAAUGAUUAUGAGGGAUGGUGCUGGCCCGGUUCAUCUUCCUACUUGGACAUGUUGAAUCCAGAGAUCAGAUCAUGGUGGGGUGACAAGUUCUCAUACAAGGAGUAUGUGGGUUCAACCCCUACAUUGUAUAUUUGGAACGAUAUGAAUGAGCCUUCAGUGUUCAAUGGCCCAGAGGUAACAAUGCCUAGAGAUAUUUUGCAUUAUGGGGGCAUAGAGCACAGGGAGUUGCAUAAUUCCUACGGCUACUUCUUCCACAUGGCAACAUCUGAUGGGCUUUUAAAGCGCGGAGAUGGGAAGAGCAGGCCCUUCGUUUUGUCAAGAGCAUUUUAUGCUGGAAGUCAAAGGUAUGGAGCUGUUUGGACUGGAGACAACACAGCAGAUUGGGAUCAAUUAAGGGUUUCAGUUCCAAUGAUUCUGACUCUAGGUCUCACUGGAAUGUCAUUCUCUGGCGCGGAUGUUGGUGGCUUCUUUGGGAAUCCAGAGCCCGAGUUACUCGUUCGCUGGUAUCAGCUUGGUGCUUACUAUCCUUUCUUUCGAGCUCAUGCUCAUCUUGACACAAAGAGAAGAGAACCUUGGCUAUUUGGGGAGCGAAAUACAGAGCUUAUCAGAGAAGCCAUACAUGUUCGUUACAUGUUGCUCCCAUAUUUCUACACAUUAUUCAGAGAAGCAAACUUUAGUGGUAUUCCUGUCAUGCGGCCUUUGUGGAUGGAGUUCCCUUCUGAUGAAGCUACUUUCAGCAAUGAUGAAGCUUUCAUGGUUGGAGGCAGUCUUUUGGUGCAAGGGAUUUACACUGAGCGAGCUAAACAUGCUUCUGUCUACUUGCCUGGGAAAGAAUCUUGGUAUGACCUCAGAACAGGAGCUGCAUUUAAGGGAGGUAGAACCCACAAGCUGGAGGUUUCAGAGGAGAGUGUUCCUGCUUUCCAAAGGGCUGGAACUAUCAUACCAAGAAAGGACCGGUAUCGUCGAAGCUCCACACAGAUGGUGAAUGAUCCUUACAGUCUGGUGAUAGCUCUAAACAGUUCUCAAUCAGCUGAAGGAGAACUUUACAUUGACGAUGGUGAAAGUUUUGAUUUCUUGCAAGGGGCAUACAUCCAUCGCCGCAUCAUGUUCUCAGAUGGCAAGCUUACUUCUGUAAACUUGGCUUCCAAUACUGAUGGCAAAUCUCAAUUUUCUUCAAGAUGCGUCAUCGAAAGAAUUAUACUACUAGGAUACUCACCUAGGCCAAAGACUGCAGUAAUUGAACCUGCAAAUCAAAAAGUUGAAAUUGAACUUGGGCCACUUCGGCUUCAAAGUGGUGCACGUGGAGCUUCUUUUGUAACCAUCCGCAAACCAGUGGUCCGAAUUGGAGAUGAUUGGACAAUAAAAAUUUUGUAAGAACCAAUCGGGAUCAUAAGAUUUUCCUUAGGAAAGAUUUUCCCGGUUAAUUACUAGGAUGUAGUCAACUAAAAGAUCGGACUUGUGUUUCACAAAUACUGGGGUCAUGCAAGGUCCAAAACGCUAUUUGAUUGCUGUUUGCUAGGAGGGACUGGGCUUCUCACAAUACCAAACAUUGACCAUAAGCGUAAUUGUAAUGGAUUAGUUAAUUGUCUGUUUUUGUUA